UUGAACUACACGUAUAUCGACAUAACCGUUUCCUUGGUAUUCUGGUUUUCGUAUUAGUAGUAGUAGUGUUCCUUAAAUUCAUUUUGUUUCUUCCCUUUGAAAAAAGCAAAGCAAAGACAAAGCAGAUGUUUCCUUCUUCCGAUCCCAGUACCCAAUGCUCAUGAAUUCACUUUAUUGUUUAUUCCAAGCAUCUUUUCUUGCCCUUCCCCUGGUCUCCUCCAUAUAUAUGUGUGUGUGUGUGUGUGUGUGUGUGUGUGUAAAUUAAUCCUCCUCGCUAUUCUCUAUCAUCAACUCAUCCCAACUUUCUCUCUCUCUGCCACAACUGAUAUUCCUGCAACAACCCUCCCAUCGUCUAACUUGCCGUCCUUGUCUCCUCUCCAUUUCUUCAUUUGUUCUCCCCAAGCACAUCAUUCCUCCAUGGAGAGUGUGGAACUGAAAGUGGAGAUGGUUGGCAUACACGAGAAAAGGCUGAGGAAAUGCCUGUCCAAAUUGAAGGGGAUAGAGAAAGUGGAAGUGGAUGCCAACAAUCAGAAGGUGGUGGUGACGGGUUACGCACAUCGGAACAAGGUGCUGAAAGCAGUGAGGCGAGGUGGUCUCAAAGCCGACUUCUGGUCCGCCCAGAAUGAGCUUCUCACUGCAUACGCUAGCGCCUCUGCCACUUAUGGAAGCUUCAGAUUCAACAACUUCGGCUUCUCCUAGACAACGUACCUGAGGUCCGCAGGACAUACCAAAUUAUAUAAGUUUUUGGGUUUUUCUUUCGUGUUUUUGGGUUUUUUUUUUUAACAGUUUUUUUAAUUUUUUUAUUCCCUUCUCCCCCAAAGAGAUAUCAUAUAGAUGUUCAAUGAUACAUAGAGUGAGUUGGAGUUGAUGGAAGACUGUUUUCCGCAGCUUAAUUUGUAAGAUUUUCCUUGAAUCAAGAAUACACAAUUUUACCUUUUCCUCGUGGUUAGA